AUGUCUGCUGACAGACACUCCAUGGCCGCAAACGACAAGACAAGACGAAUGGUCAUCCUUUCAGUAUGGGCCGUCGUCCUCCUCGGUCUGCCUCUCUGGUGGAAAACCACACGCGUCUACAGAGCUGAACUUCCCUACGAUUCGAUCGACCAGUGGAACCAGUGGAAGACCUGCCAACCAAAGUUCCCUAUUCGCGUGAAUCUUCAUCUCUCAGAAACAAAACAACAGCAGAGCGGGAACAACCCAACAUUGAGCGACGUCACUCAAGGAGUUAUCAGACGAGUUCAGGAACUGAACACGGCCCAUGGCGUCAAAGAGUCUUUAUUAGCGGUAGAGUUUAUCGCAGGCAAGCCUUGGACAGGAUCUAUCAAUAAGGAUAUCACAGGCAAGGAUAAGAUUCGCUUUUAUCGUACCAGCACAGUUCCCGGAACAUACGACUUUUAUAUUUCACCUAGCAAUGUGACACAUGCAAGCAUACGGAGUCAGCGCCAAGGAUUCAUUCAAGUCCAAUCUUGGAACACUGAUCAUAUCAUCGACACCAUUGUAGAGACCUCAGGCGCUGUAUUUGGAUCAGAAGAAAGGAUUAUCCGCCAAUUGCUCAACACCAACGAGGACACUCAGGGAGUGCGCAAGGUACAAGAUCAGCUCAAGACGGUCAAAUACGCCCCAGGGUACCAAUUGACAUUUAGCUUAUUCAGCGGCGAUGCCUCUAAUGGUGUUCGGGAAUGGAAAAUGCAGGAAGUCAUCCACGGUGAGGCUGCUGUACCCCUCGUUGAAAAGACCAAGCCAUAUCUCGCCCCCUUCAUCAAGACCAUGUCGACCGUGUCAAAGUUCACGAUCGAAUCACAGAUCCAACAUUAUGCCUCUUUGGCGUUCACUCCUCAAUUGGACUCUAGCUCACAAGAAUACUAUUUGACACCGGAUGCGCUGCCCAACUUUAUCAAUGCUGCCGAGUGGAGCUUAGCGUCGACGGUGUCAUCGCUGCCAUCGCUCAACUUUUUGACAUAUGUGCCCAAGCCUAGCGAAAGCCCCUUGGUCAUCAAAACAGGACCAGGUGCACCGAAAUCGACCACUAACUCAUUCCUUAUUCCACGCUGGGGAGGCGUUGCUAUCCUCAAUCGCGAUACCGACAGGACCAAGAGAGCAGAGGAGCACCCUGAAGUGAUCACUGUCCAGGAUCUGGAACCUGUUAUGAGAGUGUUUUUGACGCAACUGCGAGAUCUCAUGGGCGUCACUGACCUGUCUACGACGGCUCAAUCAUCGUCUUCCUUUCCAAUCGUGUUCCACAAGUCGUUGAACGAGGCUCCGACGACGUGGGAGCUGGAUAACUUAUUAAGGAGACGCUCAGCCGAGAACCUGGUUGAUUCAUUGGCCACGAUUUCGUCGCUCGCCCGCCUUGUGAGAGAUACGCCCAACAUGGUGGUGUUGGAUCAUAUUCAAAGGGAUGUGACUGAUGCCCUUGGGGAUAUUGGACGCUCUUGCCAACAUUUGUCUCGUCAGGAGUAUGUCGAAGCCUUGGCGGCAUCGCGGGAUGGUCUGGUCAAGUCUGAGACAGCGUUCUUUGACCCAACGAUGGUGUCGAUGCUCUACUUUCCUGACGAGCAUAAGUAUGCGAUCUACAUGCCGUUGUUUGUCCCGAUCUCUGUCCCGCUGCUGAUGUCGCUGCUGAGGGAAGUGAAGCGCUUAAAGGAAAAGAAGAAGCAGGCUCAGGAGGACAAGGACAAGGACAGCCAGGGCCACGAUGACCGUAACAUUAAGCACGAUAAACAGGAAUAA